AACAAAGAAGCUCAAGAAUGCAUAGAGAUGAAUCUAAAUUGGAAGGGGCAAUGGCUUGAUAGCUACUGUAAUAAGAACAGCCGCUUCGUAUGUGAAGCAGAUACUGACAACAACCAUGUUGCGGGUUACCUAGACGAGAACGACAAGUUCCAGUGUAACGCCUCUGUUCUCAUGACGUCGUACAGCAGUGAUGUAUCGACCACUGUCGUUACGGACAUCAACAGUGACAUUGUAGCGCCGUCGUCCGUCAAAGCAGCCUCCUCUCCGGCAACAACUUUGCCUGAGCCAUCAACAUCCUUUCCCAUGGAGCCAACGCCGUCAAGCACAGUGACGUCAGUGCCCUUUCAUACACACCCGACACCGUUUAACACUGAAACGGCAGCGUUGGACACAAUGGCCAUUUUUUCAACGUUGGAAACGUCAGAAAUACAGCUUUUUGGAGUCACCGAUACAAUAGAUAUUCAACCAUACGGACCUACGACCGUCAGCGAAGACAUGGAAACCAAACUGACCUACAUGUAUGACCCCAACCCCGCACGUGUGACGAAAGAGGUGUGUCGUUGUGCUUGUAUUCCGACAGGGAGACUCAGUGACUUAUCUCCCCUUGUUCUGAAGAAAAAGGAAGCUGAAAUCAGACGGGACCUUAUUCUCAACACUAAAACCCUUACAAUGACAAUUGCUAAGGUGAAAAGUGCAGAAGACGAAAGAAAAUCUGCCGUUGGUAUCGGGCUGCUUGGUGUGUUUCUCAUUUCAUGUCCUUUGAUGUUGAUAAUCUUGUCAGAUCUGUGCACGAUCAAGUUCCGGAGAUAAAGGUGGGGCCGGGGUAGCCUAGUAGUUGCAGCGUUCGCUCGUCACGCCGAAGGCCAGGUUUCGAAUCCUCAAAUGGUUGCAGUUUGUUAAUCUCAUUUCUGGUGCUCCCGACAUGAUAUUGCUGGAAUAUUGUAAAAAAAG